AUGGUCAGCAUAACCAGGCAGUUGCCUCCUCCUACAGGGCUUUUGGUACUUUCUACACUCGUUUGUGUUGAUGUGAUACAAGCCAAGUCAUUGUGGUCUCGGGUGCCUGCUACCGCAACUGACAUAAUUCGAACUGCAUAUCCACUGGGAAAUGGCCGACUAGGUGCAAUGCCGUUUGGACCUGCAGGGCAAGAGACUGUAAAUUUGAAUCUGGAUAGCCUGUGGUCUGGCGGGCCAUUUGAAACCGUUAGCUACACCGGCGGCAAUCCAACCUCGGCUGUCGCUCAAGCGCUCCCUGGCAUCCGGGACUGGAUCUUCACCAAUGGCACAGGCAACGUGACUGAGCUGCUUGGAGAGGAUGGUAACUUUGGCUCUUAUCGAGUCCUGGGCAACCUAAGUGUUUCGAUUCCUAGUCUUCAGAUAGGUAAUGUCUCCAUUACCGGCUUCACACGUACUCUGGACAUUGUCAACGGGAUCCAUACGACACGUUACAAAGUGGAUGAAAAUGAGAUAAAUACGACCGUAUUCUGCUCAUAUCCAGAUCAGGUCUGCGUAUAUAGCGCGCAAUCCUCAGGCCAGCUACCCGUGCUGCAGCUAAGUUUAGAUAACGAAUUGGUUACUUCAGAGUUGAAAACUCGUACUUGUGAAGUGGAUCAUGUGAGGAUGCGUGGUGUCACGCAGGUUGGGCCACCAGAGGGGAUGCGUUAUGAUGCCAUCGCACGGGUUGCAUCGCCUGAAGGCAUCAAGAUGUCAUGCAUCAACGGCACAGCUAUCUUGAACAUCACCCCCAACAAUGGGACCAAUUCGGUAACAGUUAUUCUGGGCGCCGAAACUGAUUAUGAUCAAAAGAAGGGUACGGCAGAGUUUGAUUACUCAUUUCGCGGUGAAGAUCCGGGACCCACUGUCGAGGCAACCACGCAGAAGGCUGCUGCAAAGACUUCAGUGGAGCUGGUGGGCGCUCAUGUUGAAGACUUCACGUCUCUAUCUGAGCGCUUCAAACUCUCACUGACUGACACUCUCAACUCUUUGCAGACACCCACAUUAGAUUUGAUCGAGCGUUAUGACUCUGAGGACACAAACGGUGAUCCUUACCUAGAGUCUCUACUGUUUGACUACAGCAAUUACCUCUUCAUCUCUAGUUCGCGUGCCGGAUCCCUGCCUCCCAAUCUUCAAGGUCGUUGGAGUGAAGGACUAUAUGCUGCCUGGUCAGGCGACUACCACGCGAAUAUCAACCUGCAAAUGAACCACUGGACAGCCGAUCAGACAGGUCUGACUGACCUACAGUCACCACUCUGGGACUACAUGGCUGACACUUGGGUACCACGAGGCACUGAAACCGCCGAACUACUCUACGACGCCCCAGGCUGGGUAGUCCAUAACGAGAUGAAUAUCUUCGGACACACAGGCAUGAAAAGCGGCGCAUCAUGGGCAAACUACGCAGCUGCAGCCGCAUGGAUGAUGCAGCACGUAUAUGACCACUGGGACUACUCGCGCGACACCGCAUGGCUCAAAUCCCAAGGCUACCCACUCCUCAAAGGCGUCGCAAAAUUCUGGCUUCAUCAACUCCAACUCGAUAUGUUCAGCAACGACAACAGCCUAGUCGUAAUCCCCUGCAACAGUCCCGAACACGGUCCCACAACCUUUGCUUGCGCACAUUUCCAACAAGUCAUUCACCAACUCUUCGACGCAAUAUUGACACUCUCCCCCAUCGUCUCCGAGUCGGACACUGCAUUCACAACGAACAUCUCCUCCUCGCUGAAAUUUCUCGACACAGGUUUCCACAUCGGCUCCUUUGGUCAAAUCAAAGAGUGGAAGCUCCCAGACUCAUUCGGCUAUGACAUCCCAAACGACACGCAUCGCCACCUCUCCGAGCUUGUAGGCUGGUACCCAGGCUACUCUCUCUCCUCGUUUCUCUCCGGAUACACGAACAAGACCAUCGCAUCUGCCAUCCGCCAGAAGCUCAUCAGCCGCGGCAACGGCAACGGCCCCGACGCAAAUGCCGGAUGGGGCAAGGUCUGGCGCGCAGCUUGUUGGGCCCGCUUGAAUGAUACACAGCAGGCGCAUUACCACUUGCGCUACGCCAUACAAGAGAACUUCGCAGGCAAUGGCUUCAGCAUGUAUUCAGGUACUGGCGCACCAUUCCAAAUUGACGCUAACUUCGGCCUCGGAGGCGCGGUGCUCAGUAUGUUGGUCGUGGAUUUACCGCAAGUGGUCGGUGAUGAGAGGGUCAAGAGCGUGGUGUUGGGGCCGGCUAUUCCGAAGGCAUGGGGUGCGGGGAGUGUUGAGGGAUUGAGGGUGAGAGGUGGUGGGGUUGUUGGGUUCGAGUGGGAUGCAGAGGGAGUGGUGAGAAGCGCGAAGGUAGAGGGGAGGGAGGGAGGCUUGAAGUUGGUUAAUGUGAUAGGCGAUGUGCUUGUCGAGGUGUAA